CAAUCAGCCCGGGAGGGGGCGGGCAGUUGGGUCCUCAGGUGGCGGUAACGGCGGUUAUCGGCGUGUCUCAGUCACAUGCGCGAGAUGGCGGGGCUCCCGUCCAACCCCAAUAAUCCCGUUGUCUUCUUCGACAUCACCAUCGGCGGCCAGGAGGUGGGACGAAUGAAGAUAGAACUGUUUGCUGAUGUAGUGCCCAGAGUAGCAGAGAACAUCAGGCAGUUCUGUACUGGAGAAUUCAGGAAGGAUGGCGUCCCUAUAGGUUAUAAAGGAAGUACAUUCCACAGGGUAAUCAAGGACUUUAUGAUUCAAGGGGGAGACUUUGUAAAUGGAGAUGGAACUGGUGUUUGUAGCAUUUAUAGAGGACCAUUUGCAGAUGAAAACUUCAAACUAAAGCACAAUGCUCCUGGUCUCUUAUCCAUGGCAAACAGUGGCCCAAACACAAAUGGUUGUCAGUUCUUUAUUACAUGCUCUAAAUGUGAUUGGCUCGAUGGGAAGCAUGUUGUUUUUGGUAAAAUAAUUGAUGGAUUGCUUGUAAUGAGGAAAAUUGAGAAUGUCCCUGCUGGACCCAGCAACAAGCCUAAACUUCCUGUGGUGAUUGCACAAUGUGGAGAAAUGUAGAGUGGACUGAUAAAAGGUCUGGUUCUUCACCUCAACAUUAUUUGUUAAGAAGUGUAAAGAGAUCUGCAUUAUGCCCUGCAUGUUAUUUGUCAUAGUUUUCAUGGAAACUAGACAGUCCUUUGUGGAUUUAAAGAAUUUCACAAGGCUGAUCUGGGGUUUUGACUACCAGAGACUAUGAGAUCUUCAUCUAGGCCAACAGGAAAUUCUUGUGCUGCGAAUGAUCUCAUCCAAAACCAUUUUUAUUCUUUUUUUUUUAAAAAAAAUCAUUUUAGUACAGUUAUUUGUUUUUUUAAUACCUCAUUUUGAGACAAAAAACUACCCUGUGGACUGUCCAGAAAAUGACCUUUCUGUUUGUAAGAAUAAUCUUGGUUUAAUGGUCAUUUUAAUAACUAAGACUUCAAAUUGUUGAUUUUUAUUUUUUAUAGAAGAGUCUGCAUUGUCUGUCAAAAUGUUUAGUUCCAGUUAAAGCAAAGCAGAAUGCAUAGUGUAUUACUGCAGCUCUGAUGAUUUGUACUUUUAAGUUAUACAUUCAGUUUAUGUUUGUUUUUCAGGCCACAACAUUUUCUAUUGAACCUUAUAGACAAUGUAUUUUUUGACAAUAAAUUUGAAAUAAAACUUUUGACUGUAUAUUA